GAUCACUCCCCACAUUCUGAUCAUUGAUUUCGUUGCGGUCGCCUUGGAAUUAGUCUGUCCCGCAGCCAGUACUUCAUCCCCACAGUAGCUCCUAUUAACAUUAUAGUUCCUUCCAGCGGUCCAGCAGUAAGGAGGUCCUUCACAGAAACCCUCGACUAUUCCGACAACAAACGGUCGUUUGUGACUUGAGAUCGCGAAACGGAAAGCCACCAGUGCGACAACCAUGGGAUCGCUUCUGCGACAGUCGUACGACCUGGCAGUGCAGGCAGGCCUGCGUACGAUGGAGGCGAACGUGAUUCCCGAUCGUGCUCUGCGACCAGCGUGUCGUUAUCUCAUGUCGCAGCGUAUCGCCAUUUCGCGAAAGGAGACGGUGGAGGAGCAGCUUCAGGACCUGGUCGAAUUCGCAGAAUCGCUCAAGUCGAUGCCCAUCGCUCUCAGCACGGCAGCAGCCAACGAGCAGCACUACGAAGUCCCAACGGAGCUCUUCCAGCUGUGCCUGGGGAAGCGACUCAAGUACAGCUGCUGCUACUUCCCCACUGCGAAGACCACUUUGGACGAGGCAGAGGAGCUGAUGCUAGCCAUGUACUGUGAAAGGGCGCAGCUGGCGGACGGGCAAGACAUUCUGGAGCUGGGGUGCGGGUGGGGCAGCCUGUCGCUGUACAUGGGGGAGAAGUACCCCAACAGCCGCAUCGUGGGGGUGUCUAAUUCGAGCACUCAGCGUGCUUAUAUCGAGGGCCAGUGCAAAAAGCGGGGAAUAAGCAACGUACGCAUCAUCACAGCAGACAUGAACACAUUUCAGGCAGAGGGGACGUUUGACCGAGUGGUGUCCAUUGAAAUGUUUGAGCACAUGAAGAACUACCAGCUGCUGCUGCGCAAGGUUGCGUCCUGGAUGAAACCAGGCGCGCUCCUCUUCAUUCACAUCUUCACUCACAAGGACUUCGCCUACCACUUCGAGGACGCGGGAGCGGACGACUGGAUGACGCGGCAUUUCUUCACGGGCGGCACCAUGCCAGCCGACAAGCUGCUGCUGUACUUCCAGGACGACCUCAGCAUUGCCAACCACUGGUGCCUGAACGGCACGCACUACCAGCGCACGAGUGAGGCAUGGCUACGUAACUUUGACUCAAACAUUGUCAAGCUCCGGCCGAUCCUAGCGGAGACGUACGGCAAGGAGGCAGCGACCAAGUGGACGGUGUACUGGCGCACCUUCUUCAUCGCCGUGGCAGAGCUGUUUGGCUACUCCAAAGGUCAAGAAUGGAUCGUUUCCCACUACCUCUUCCGAAAGAAGCAAGCAUAGGGGACAUCUAUAUUGACUCAAGAGUCGCCUUCUUCAGUGCCUUAGCGGAGCUGUUUGAUUGUUGUGGGAGUGGGUUGUUUCUAAUUACCUCCUAUUGAAAGAAUCAAGCAUAGGUAAGAUCGGGGAAUGUUUUAUAGGGGACCAUAGUAAAUACAUCGCCGUACCAUAGCACUGAUAUUGAAGAGUUUGUUCUAUUCAACCAAUAAAUUCGUACAUUAACA